GAAGCUUCGCGAGGUGAUAUCCAUAGUUCAUCUAGUAUAUAAAUAAAUAAAGUCCCAUUAGUUUGAUUCAUUAUUAUGAUACCAAUUUAAUAACAUACCUACCUACUCAUUCCUUUUCAUCUCAUGAAUCGCGUCUCCAAAAUUUCCUCCGAAUUCGAAUAUCAUGUCUUAUCAAAUGCAAACACUCCCUGGUAUAACCUUGCUUGGUCAGCCCGAGAAGAAUGGAGUUUAUGAUCAACAGGAGAUUGUAACACUUAUAACACAAUACUACGAACUUCUCGCCAAAAUGCGUUACUUUCCCGCCUCCUACAUCAAAUAUGCACCCCACGAUCCUCCCAUCAACGUGGAACUCGCAAAGAGCUUUGAUCUUGAACAACAAGUCAUUGAGCUUCUUCAAGCCCUGCCAUACAUAGAGGGGUAUAACAAUGAAGAUGAGUUUAUCCUUGGUGGAAGUUUUGCUGAUAUGAGGGAUCUGGAAGUGUUAACGCAGAGCCGAGAUCCGGGAUUUGUUUGUCCUGAAGGCGGAUUUGAUGAUGUAGACGGGGAGUAUAUGAGACCUUGGGAAAUCUGUAUCAAUGCAUGUGGAAAUCAUGGAACGAUGAUGUUUCUUGACAUAAGAAAUGGUCACAUAACAAUGGAAGGUCAAGAUUCUGGUGAAAGCGAAGAUCCCGGUGUACAUAACUUCCCUGAGGGUCUCCGAAGUCGUAAUCGCAAUUCCCAUGACCAUCUUCCCAGCCGCCACGCUAGAGAGGUCUUCGAAGAUUUUACAAACAGACUUUUAAAACUUCAAUGGAUUCCAAGCUCUGAGGACCGUAAAAUGUUAUCAGAAUGGGAUGAAGAUUACGAAGAUCUAAGACUCCUUUUCAGAACCUACGGCUGGCCCCAUAACUUCAACCACACCAGCUUCGACUCUACCUACUCCCGCUGGCGCGAGUUUUCGACCAUAAAGAACCACGCGUGUGACUCUGCCUCUGAUAUCAUAAAUCAAAAACUCAACCUGGAAAGCGCUACAGAAUCUCUAGAUUCUCAUUCUAGGCGUUUGCGAAUGGGGGUGUGGGAUCGUGAUCCUGACAAAGAGCCCGAAGACGUGAUAAUGUUAAACACUAUUCUUGAGAAGAAAAUGAAAUUAGUCAAUGAUUUAAAUGAAAUGCUAAAAAGGGCUAUUUCUGAUCAUGGAGACUGGAAAGGAGAAAGGGCAGAAAUGGUUAAAGCGUGGAAGAAACAUUUUGAGAAUGACAUUGAGUGGGAAGAGAGGAAUUUAGAAUGGUGGAGAGGAGAUGGGAAGGCGCAUUGUAAGGAAGAGGAAAUUGAAGAGACUCGGGAGAAGAUACGUGUCUUGAAGGGGAGGUUGGCGAAUGUAGGAGAACAGCCAAUCUCACGCACAGGUGCCAAAUACUACAAUUUCGGCGAAAACGGUCACUACUACUACCUCAAUCCCGAUGGCUCACAAUUCUACACCCACGGAUCCUGGAAACUGUUUAUCAACAGCAGUGGACACAGACGUUGGAUACCUCUACAACCAGAAUUCGCCUGCAACCCCGACAAAAUGAACGCGCGAUGCAUUUAUAACUUCAGGUGCAAGUUGAUUUACUGCGAGACGCGCGAGUGUUUGUGUGAUAUGGCGGUUCCUAGUCUCGGUACUUUGAUUAUGCGAUAUAAUCAAGAGGUAGUGCAGGAGUAUCUAGAUAACUUAGGAAGUCGGGUUAAUAGCGUUAUUCGACGUCAGCAUUGGGAACGAGGGAAGAAGGCUGCAUGGGAUAAACUGAUUUAUCUCGAGUGGAAAACGGGGCUGUGGUAUGGAGAUUGGUUGGAGAAGGAACGGAAGAGGUUGCAGGAUACGGGACACUAUUGGGAAUAUAGUGUUUGGGUAGAUGAUGAAUUGAAGCGUGUGAUGAAGGAUAACGAUGUGGAGGACGUCAAGGAAGAGAGUAUUGAAGAGGUGGUAAUCAACAAUGACAAUGUCAAGAUAGAGGAUGUCGAGGACGAGAUCAUCAAGGAGGAACCCUUCUGA